AUGUGCGGCUCCAUUCGCGCCUCGGUGCUUCACGGCGCCAAAGACCUCAGAAUUGAAAACCGCGAGCUUACUGCGCCGGCAGCAGAUGAGCUUCAGGUUGCAGUGAGGGCUACGGGCCUUUGCGGCUCGGAUCUGCACUACUACAACCACUACCGCAAUGGCGACAUUAUCGUUCAGGAGCCAAUGUCGCUAGGCCACGAGUCUGCGGGUGUUGUUGUGGCGGUGGGCUCUGAGGCGGCAGCAAACUUCAAGGUCGGAGACAAGGUCGCCCUCGAAGUUGGUCUGCCCUGCGGCGAGUGCGAGAGGUGCAAGGAGGGCAGAUACAACAUCUGCAAGGGCAUGAAGUUCAGGAGCUCCGCGAAGGCUUUCCCCCACGCCCAGGGCACUCUCCAGGACAGGAUCAACCACCCGGCCAAGUGGUGCCACAAGCUGCCCGAUAACCUUUCUCUCGACUUGGGUGCGCUCCUCGAGCCCCUCGGUGUCGCUAUUCACGCUACCCGCCGCGCCCAGCUUCCUCCGCUCAGCACCGUCCUUGUCUUCGGCGCAGGCGCCGUUGGACUGCUGGUUGCUGGUAUGGUGCGGAUCUCUGGCGCCAGCAAUGUCAUCAUCGCAGAUAUCGACGAGGGCCGUGUUAACUUCGCCGUCAACAACGGUUUCGCACAUGCUGGCUUCACUGUCCCGAUGAAGCGCGGCCAGACGAUCGAAGAGAACCUCGAGAUCGCACGUGAAACGGCUGCCUCGAUCGGGAAGGUGAAGAAGACAACCGGAGAGGAGUUCGGGGAGGUGGAUGCUGUCUUCGAGUGUACCGGUGUGCCGUCUUGCCUGCAGGCCGGUAUCUACGCAACCCGGCCCGGUGGCCGAGUUCUUCUCAUUGGAAUGGGCCAUCCCAUCCAGACUCUCCCCAUCUCGGCUGCAGCGCUGCGCGAAGUUGACAUCGUGGGCGUCUUCCGCUAUGCCAACACGUAUCCCACCGGUAUUGAAGUCGUGUCGAAGCAGCCCGGCCCAGACUACCCUGACUUCUCCAAGCUGGUCACGCACCGUUACAAGGGUCUGGACUCGAUCCCAGAGGCAUUCCAGAUGGCAGCAAAGACCAAGGAUGAGCAGGGCAAGCUGGUGCUGAAGGUUGUGGUUGAGAUGAACGACGAGCUACGGCUGUGA